UCACCAGUUUGUCAGCUGUCAUACCUAAAAUAAAGGGAAACUAGAGUCAAGCGAACGACUUCCUAAAAUUACGAUUUAUUAUUAAUCAUGAGCAACUAUAUUGCUAGGAAGGGACCUUUGGUUUUCUCUAACUUGGGAAAAUGGGCCUACAAUCUGUCUGGAUUCAACCAAUACGGUCUGCACCGUGAUGAUUGUCUCUAUGAGAACGAAGAUGUUGCGGAAGCAAUCCGCCGCCUUCCACGCAAACUGUACGAUGAGCGCAACUAUCGCAUAAUUCGUGCUUUGCACUUGUCCAUGACCAAGACCGUUUUGCCUAAGGAGCAGUGGACAAAGUACGAGGAAGAUGUCAAGUACUUGGAGCCCUAUCUGAAGGAAGUGCAAAAGGAACGCGAGGAACGUGAGGAUUGGAACAAGAAUCACUAAAAUUCUUCUCAUUGUGCGGAUUUGUAAAUGUUGGAAAAUACAUAGAUUAGAUUCAAAUUAAAACUA